AGAGAGAGAGGAGCGAGGGAGGGGUGUGAGUGAGAGUCUGAGAGAGACGGCACAACACUGAGAGCGGACUUCCCUAGGAGCUGCUCACUGCUACAACGCCACAACUCACAGCUAGGGGACAAAACACACCCCAACACACUCAGACUGUACACACACCCAGACUGUACACACACCCAGACUGUACACACACUCAGACUGUACACACACCCAGCCGAGAGGAGGCUUUAUCCACUUCUGACCGAGAGGCUUUGUGAAAUUUCUGUGUAUUGAUAUCGAAGUGGACACAAACCCAGUCACAAUGGAAGAGAAUAUGGAAGAAGGACAGAAUUCAAAAGGAUGCUUUGAGUGCUGCGUCAAAUGCCUGGGCGUCCUCCCGUAUGCCUCUCUCUUCGCCACCAUCCUUCUGUACGCUGGGGUGGCGCUGUUCUGCGGCUGCGGGCACGAGGCCCUCUCUGGCACCGCCACCAUCCUGCAGAACUACUUCGAGGUGGUCCGAGCUCCCGUGGAAACCCUGGACGUCUUAACCAUGAUUGACAUCUUGAAGUAUGUCAUCUACGGCGUGGCGGCGGCAUUCUUCGUCUACGGCAUCCUGCUGAUGGUGGAGGGCUUCUUCACCACCGGCGCCAUCAGGGACCUGUACGGAGACUUCAAGAUCACCGCCUGCGGACGGUGCGUCUCCGCCUGGUUCAUUAUGUUGACCUAUAUCUUCUUCCUGGCCUGGUUGGGUGUGACAGCCUUCACCUCGCUGCCCGUCUUCAUGUACUUCAACAUCUGGACCAUCUGUCAGAACACCACUGUGGUGGAGGGGGCCAACCUCUGCCUGGACCUGCGCCAGUUUGGCAUGGUAACUAUCGGGGAGGAGAGGAAGGUGUGCACGGGCUCUGAGAAGUUCUUUAAGAUGUGUGAGUCUAAUGAGCUGGACAUGACGUUCCACUUGUUCGUCUGUGCCCUGGCCGGGGCUGGGGCUGCAGUCAUCGCCAUGGCGUCAGCUGCCACGGUCCUUAUCCGUAACAAUGUCCUCCUGACGUCUCAGAGUCUGGGCAAAUACUGCACCCGCUUCUGACGGGGGCCUAUCGGUUGGCCCAUCACCUUUACCCCUGACCUCAGUGGUCUCAGUGACAUCACUGUACGCCGUCAGGAGCUGAGAGGAGCCGACCGCCUCGAUAUCAACAUGGCCGAACUGAACUCUGAACCUCGGAGCUUAGGGGUCGCCCCCAAAGCAUCGCCAGCUCUGUCAUCGGUCACGUCACAUGAUUCUGUUAUUAUCCACUAAAAUAUGCUUUGCUGGCACCACUGAUCAUAAUAACCAAGCCCCUCUGGUUGCUAUCGAUGGGUAUAUUGAUAACCGGGCUCUCCUGUCACGCCCCGUUCACCUGACUAGCACAACUGCUGACACAGCCGUAACAAACACAGAGCUCACUAAAGAAUAACGUUGAUCAACUAAUCCAUCCCUUAAAGUUUGGUUGGUUUGUUUUCGGUUUGAAACCAGUGAAGGCACCGUGCCACUAAGCGAUCUGCUUUGGGUUUUUGGUUACAGCUUUGUCUAAUCAUCUAACUAACUCUGUUUCAGCCUAAUUCAUUAACAAUCCUCGCACUAACAUCCCUGUAACCCAUGUGUCCCUCUAAUACAGGUCCACUACCUAAUGGUACUGUCUGCUAACUGGGCCUACGUGAAGGACGCGUGUCGGAUGCAGAAGUACGAGGACAUCAAGUCCAAGGAGGAGCAGGAGCUCCACGACAUCCACUCCACUCGCUCUAAAGAGCGUCUCAAUGCCUACACCUAAAGCACACGACCCGACCCGUCCCGUCCCGUCCCGUCCCCCUAUCCUUCCCUCCCUCUCCAACACACACACACACACGUCCAUGACACACACGCAGCAGAACACACACAGAAACCACACAAGCUAUUCAAUGUCUGGUGUUUAUGUUCGUAGGGGCACAAGUGUAAGGGGUGGGGGGGUUUGUGGUGUCGUGUUGUGGGUGGUUUCGACUUCACUAAGCUUACGGGUGUGACGAGAUUCCUACGGGAUACCGUGGGAUACGGGAUACCGUGCGUCUUCUCUGACCAACCCUUCUUUCCUGUAUUGAGAUUUCCUUUCUAUUUCUCCUCCCCUUCCUGUCCCGUUUCUUCUUCUCAUACCCUACCCUUUCUCCUCUUUCUCCUCUUCUACCUCUUCCCCUCUUCUUUUUCCCAUUUGCAUUUUGUAUAUUAGUAGUAGCACAUCUUUUUACAAUGUGUCAUUGCUUUUUACCAUGUGUUGUUCUAUAUCUCGACGUCGAGAUAUAGUGCUUCCAUUUAUUUAUGUUUGGUUUUAGGAGGGGUCGGGCUGGGGGCUGUUGAGUUUUUAUCGCUUUUUAAUUCACAUUUCCGCGUAAUUGAUAUUUAUACGUUCCUAAACACUCGUCAUCCAACGGAGCUCCAAUCAUACAUAGGUUUUAAAAUCCAUUUUUUGUUCCAACAUAUCCACUUAUAACAAGACCAAAAUGGGACCGAAACUUGUAUAUCAUCUACAGGUAAAUUACAGCAUAAUAAGCUUCCGAAACAGUAAGCAUCGCCGGUAUAAAAACUAUGUACAGAAUCUUUUUUUCAGAAAAUUCUUUAUUGGUUGGGAGUGCCAGGGAUUCUCAAACAGAACAAAGUACCUUCAAGUGGCUUUUUACAUAUUGCUAUAACUGUAGCUUGGCCUGUCAGAAACGUAUGCUGGCUUUGUUGAGUAGCCUAGUCAUUGAAAUUGUCUGUCAAUAAUAAUAGUGUUCUGAAACUGUGAAAAGAAAACAGUUGUUUGAGUGGCAAGUCAGCAGCGUGAUGAAGAUGAUGAUGAUGAUCUGUAGUAUAAGGAGGAAGAAGAAGAGGCUUGUGGGAAUGACUUGACGUAGAAAUUCAUCUGAUAGAAUGGCCUUUCAGGAUCUUGCCGUGGGGGAAACUCUGUAGAAAACCACUCUUCUCAUUCAUCACAAGGCCAUAACUCACAUUCAAAAUAACAUUUUACAGGUUUCAUUUAUAUACGUUUUAAUCUUCAACUUUUUAAAUGCAAGUUAUCAGAUGAAAAAAUUACGAGAUGUUUUUUUUUUGUCAGUAUUCUGCUCUGUAUAUAUAUCUACGGUAUAUAAAUAUAUACAUAUAUGUGAGACACUUCAAUUUCAGGUCAUUCAUUUCAUUGGUCAAAGUUUGGUGAUAUUCUUGUGAACGUCCAUUUCAGAGAUUCCAGUGAAAUAAAUAUGGUAACAAAAUCUAGACGGCAAGAGGAUGAACAAGCUUUAGGCCUGAAACGGCCAUAUUGCUACACGUGGAAACAGUUGAAUAUCACAUUGAGAGAUAACUUAACCGUCUGCAGGGUUGGGUUCAAUUCCAUUUAUGUCCUGUCAAUUCAGGAAAUAAACUGACAUUUUUUGCAGAAUUUACUGAAUUGAAAAAAAACUGACCCAAACCCUGACUGUCUGUGAAGCUAUACUAAAAAACAUGAAAUGUCAAUAAAACAAUUAAAACUAUAUUACUCUUGAGUAUGGACCGAACUUUGUCUUAACUCUUUCUACUACUCUAGUUUUGCAGUACAGUUUCAUCAUUCCGUUGCUAACAAAAAAAGAACAAAAAUGUCUUGGUGCACUUAUUCAACCAUCGUGAGCUCUUUCUUGGUGUUACGUGCGUUUGGAUUUGAAGCUGAAUCUCUGUACUGUAGUCAUGCAACGUUUGGUUAACCAAGAAAAAAAUUACUUGUAUUAUCUAGUUAAAAAGAACUGUGAAUCUAGGUGUUAUUUGUGGCAUGGUUAUGCAUUCAGUGGUAAUAGUUUUUAACUGAUUCAAAAAGUUUUUAAAAAUCCUCUCUCUUCAUAAUUUUCAUUUCUAAUUUUUACGCUUGGACUAUCUGAGUCAACUGAUUUCUUAUAUGUGCAGCAUUGCGGUUCCUACGCUAACAGUAUUAUGCUAAGUAAACAAAUAGCCUAUUAGGUUGUCGUGAAUGAUUUUGUUUCCCUUCCUCCUUUGGUUUGUCAUAUUCCUUUUUGAAAGCCCUGUCUUAUAAAACAGAUACUACUUGUUCUGAUGUUGCGUAUUCACUUCUUCAGUAUUAACCUGACAAUGCUUUCCACUUUCUCCUCCCAUAUUUGUCUUUUGUACUUUCACUAAGAA